UUGGGGGUCGCCCCGGUUUGGUCGCGACCAUGACUUUGGAGUCCAUGAUGGCGUGUUGCCUGAGCGACGAGGUGAAGGAGUCGAAACGGAUCAACGCCGAGAUCGAGAAGCAGCUCAGGAGGGAUAAACGCGACGCCCGCCGCGAGCUGAAGCUAUUGCUGCUCGGCACGGGGGAGAGCGGAAAAAGCACGUUCAUUAAGCAAAUGCGUAUAAUUCAUGGCUCAGGCUACUCUGAAGAAGACAAAAAAGGCUUCACCAAGCUGGUGUACCAAAACAUCUUCACUGCCAUGCAGUCUAUGAUCAGGGCCAUGGAAACCCUGAAGAUUCUGUACAAAUAUGAACAGAACAAGGCCAACGCAGUGCUGAUCCGGGAAGUGGAUGUAGAAAAGGUCAUGACAUUUGAGCAGCCAUACGUAAGUGCAAUUAAAACAUUGUGGAACGACCCUGGAAUACAAGAGUGUUAUGACAGGAGAAGAGAAUAUCAGCUUUCCGACUCAGCUAAAUACUAUCUUAGCGACGUGGAUCGUAUUGCUACUCCAGGAUAUCUACCAACUCAGCAAGAUGUGCUACGGGUUAGAGUUCCUACAACCGGUAUCAUAGAGUACCCCUUUGACCUAGAGAACAUUAUCUUCAGGAUGGUGGAUGUUGGAGGUCAAAGAUCAGAACGAAGGAAGUGGAUCCAUUGCUUUGAAAAUGUGACUUCCAUCAUGUUUCUAGUAGCACUUAGUGAAUAUGACCAAGUUCUGGUGGAAUCUGAUAACGAGAACCGAAUGGAGGAGAGUAAAGCUCUCUUUCGAACCAUUAUCACUUAUCCCUGGUUCCAAAACUCUUCUGUUAUCCUCUUUCUUAACAAGAAAGAUCUGUUGGAAGACAAGAUCCUAUAUUCCCACCUCGUUGACUAUUUCCCAGAGUUUGACGGCCCACAGAGGGAUGCGCAGGCAGCCCGCGAGUUCAUUCUCAAGAUGUUUGUGGAUUUAAAUCCAGACAGCGAUAAAAUCAUCUACUCUCACUUCACAUGUGCCACAGACACAGAAAACAUCCGUUUCGUCUUUGCAGCUGUCAAGGACACCAUCCUACAGCUCAACCUGAAGGAGUACAACCUGGUUUGACCUUGCUCUCUGCUCUUGGCCCCUUGAGAGGCUUCAUUGUGAAGAAAAGACAAAAAAAAAAAAAAGAGAAAUUUUAAAUAUGACAGGAAAAAAAAAAAAAGUUUUAAUUUUUGAUGAUGUAAUGAUUGCAAAUUGUCUGAUCUGUGGAGUGGCAAGUGCUCAGUGUUAUCCUGGAGUCUCAUGUCUCUGUCCACAGAGUAGUUGAUUUCAUAUUUUUAACAAAUUGCUUUUAUUUCACAGUUAACGGGGAUAUGCCUCAUUUUCUUCAGCACCUUGCUUACUUCUUGAUUUUUGCCAAACAGCUAAGGCAGUCUCAUCUUGAGCUUUCCUUUGUUGCUUAGCCACUUUGGGUUUUUUUUUUUUCCCCCCCCCCCUUUUCAUUCCCAUGGCAUAUAUAGAAAAAAAAAUUACUUUUCCAGCUGAGAUUGUGAAUUCACUGGACUGUGGGAGUGCGGAAUGCUACUGGUCCCUUUGCCUUGUGCUCUAGGGUGCCUCUGGUGUAAUUUGCUAACCCUGCUUGCUUUCCCACCCGCCCCUUCUUUCCCGUCCCUUCCCCAGGACACGCUCCAUGGUUCACUGUGAUGAAAUGUUGGGGAGGAGCAAUUGCUCUCCAACCAUAGUGCAAAAAAAAAAAAGAAAAAAGAGAAAAAGGCAAACCGACAACAACAAAAAGCCAUCACUUUUCCAUUCUUUAUAUGUUCUAGUUAUUUUUUUCGUAUCAAUUAUGAAAGGUAUGGAGACUGUGAUUUUUUGUUUUGUUUUCUUUUUUUAAAUUAUUGAUGUUCUAUACAUAGUUUGCUACAUGUUGCUGUAUUUUGUUCAUGGACUACAAAUGAUGGAAGCUCUUGGAGCAAUAGCUGCUGAGCCUGGGGAAGUGCCUGACUGUAAUUGUUUUUCUUUUUUUUUUUUUAAGUUUAUUUUGUUUGUAUUUUUAUCACACACAUCCCCCCACAAGCGCGUGUGCGCGCGCAAGGCUCAAUUUGCAGAGAGAAAUGUUGUUUUGUCGAGUAGAAUAUAUGACAGAAAGCGACUUCUCUAUGCAGCAGAUAUCGAAAGCGCGCGGAGUAAUUGUGGCAUUUAAACAUCAGGCUUUGGUUUGAAAAAACCUUAGUCUUGUGCCACCCUCUGGUUCUUUUCUUGCUGCUAGUAGCAAACAAGCCUUGUUUAUUGUGUUUUGUGCCAGUGUUUUGAGUGACUUUGUAAGAAUUCCUCGGUCCUGUCUAGUUUGCAGGUUUUUAGAAGGGACCAGAAGUUGAUGGGUGACAAACUUUGGGACAUCGGUAGGAUUCUUACUUGAAAAGGUAAAGGAUAGCUCUUGGAGGGAGCGGUGAUCCUUUCUCUCCGGUUUAUGCGUUCCCCUGAGGCACACGCUGCUGUGUUUCCCUUUCGAGGAAACCAGAUCCUCUUUGGAAGACUUGCACACAUAGUUGCUCCAGGGUGCGUGUGAUAAUCCAGUUACAGCGGUCCUGGCUGGAGCACGCGGCUGCUACGGAAUCCAGAGAGCCCUGCUGAGGUCGCACUUUGGUUUAGCGGGGAGAGAGGAGGCAGAGAGACAGCAGGGUUUGCUCGUCUAGGUGGAAGGUAGAGUGGAAGUAGUUCUGGAUUCUAGAUGCCAAAUGAAAUUCCACUAAGAAGGAUGUGAAGCCUUUGCACGUUAGCUUCUUCCAGGAGCUGUGGCAAGCAAACUGAUGUGCUGGAGACCCGUUGCCCGCCUGGAAGCUAACCGCAGUAAGGCGAGGAGCGAGUAGGACAUAGGGAAAUCCAACCCGCCUCCGGCCGCGUGUCGUUUAGCCAGCACUAAUGAUUCUCUUUCAAUUCCAACAAGUAGCAUUGGGUCCAAAUUCUCUGGAUGAACCAGAUUGCCCCCUUGAAGGUGAGCAGGCUGCCAGUAGAUAGAGACUAAAUGAUCUGCACUGUUGAAGGGGGCUGUUGAUAUUUUGUCUCUUUUGUAGACAGAGCACUACAUCAGUGUUUUGCACAACACGUAUGAGAAAAUCUUAACCGAGAUGCUUAAGAUGCUUCGAUUUAGAACACUAAAACAUGGAGGGACACUGAGUAAUUCUGUUGAUAGGUCCGUCUUGUUUUGCAGAGUAGCUGAGGGAAGCCUCUGUAUGUCUCAGAAAACUACCGAAGAAAGCAAGCUCUGCUAAGAUCGAUUAGAGAGCUCAAGCUGGAACAGUAGCCAUGGGACCGGGACCAACAGUUGAAGCGCCAGUCUGGCUGAGUGGUGAUGCUGAGGGAAAUGCAGCAUCUCUUUAGGCUAGCCAUGCGCCGGACUGCAUUUAACACUUGGGAGAAAUGAGAGGGAUUCCCAUGUGUCAGACAGCUUUGCAUCAAUUUUACUGCUUUUUUUUUUUUUGUCUUUGUGCCAAAAUGAUCCAUUUUGUAGAAACUUGUCCUGUAAAGAGGAAUUUAUAAUCAUCUUUGUGUAUUCUAAGUGCUGUUCAGCUGAAGCAGAUGGCAGCACCAGCCUCUUCCGCUUCUGUGAUCCUCUUGUAAAUGGUUCACACUACAACUAUUGCCAGCGGCAGACCUGGCACCGAGAUCUACAGGUUCUUGGAAAUAACUUUCCCAGAAGUGUUUUUUCCAAGGUCAAUGAUGGUGGAACUUCCACUUGAAUCAGAAACUUUUGGGUUUUGUAUCCUCCCCUUCUUUAAGAGCUGCUGCCUUGGCACAGGAGGAGGGAUCUUGGCUUCUGUCUCAUGCGGAGUGAAUCCGCAUUGGAAUCUGGGAAGCGAUGGGCACAGGGAUUUAAGCAUGGGCUGUACCUUACUGUGCAACUGCCUGGUUGGUCGUGGGCCAACCAGGGGUGAUCAUUGCGAAGGGAAAGGGAGACCAUCAUGCGAUGGCUGUCAGGAGUUCCUGGCCCCUCCUGAAUUAGAGGAGGAAUGGGUCAGGCUUGUAAACGCAAUCUGGACUAUACUAUUUGUGAGAAGACGGCAGUGUUGGCAUGCACUUUUCUUAGCGAGCGGUAGCCCGUGUGCCUCCCACUUAGCCAGUGAGGCGUUCCUGCAGCACUGGCUCAUGGCUCUGUUGGUUGGCCCUUUGGCAAAUACCUGCCUGAGCAAAAGUGCCAAACCUUAAACCGAAUCUGCCUACGUUGUCUGAAAGGGAGGCCAGUCAGGAUUUUUCUGCAGGUUCAGGUAGCAGAUUGACCUUCAGAAAAGAGGUGGAAUUGGGUGUUUGUAACGAAUCUGGAAUCCUCAGUCUGAGGAAGUGAUCUCUUGGCAAACCUCUGCUCCUUGUGCACUUUUUUUUAUCUUUUGUUCUGCUGAAGAAACCCAACAAACUUUAAACCAGUUUGAAACUUGAAGUCAGUGAGGAGAGGACCAGCCCAUUUCUUUGCACCAUUGUGGAUUGGCAACCCUGGUGAGCAACAGCCCCUUCCUGCUUCAGCGUGUCAGAUAGCUCCUGCCCUUUCUGCCUGUCUCCCCUUCUCCCGGAGUUGGAUUCUUUGGUCUCUUGUUGUUGCUUCCUAGCAAUGUUGGCCUUGCGUUCAACUAUGGUUUUUCUUCAUGCGUUUUAUUGGUUUUUAAAAACAAAAAAAAAAAAGUAAUUCUGGAGUGUGCUGACCGUUGUAUUGUACUGUACAGAGCCCGGGUCGUUAGAGUCCAGCAGAGAUAAAAGUGUGUUACGCAGCACCCAGUUUUAUAAGAGUAUGGUUUGUGCCAAUGCCCCUUCUUUAGUAGUGCCAGAGACUCUUUACAAGUGCCAAUGUGGUGGAAAUUCUUUGGUUAUACUUGUAUAUUAUAGGAUCCUGAUUUAAGACAAUUUAAACAUUAUCCUAUUUAAAAAGAUACUAUAUAAAAUGCUGUUUUUAAACCUUGUCAUUUGCAAUGCAUGUAUUGUUGUGCGUGUUGGGGUGGGGGGAGGGAGGAGGGUAGGGUAAAGGAGUUUCUGAAUAAGAUGCCCAGUGUCAGGAUCUAUUCAGGCUCCAAACUGUCUCAUUCCAGUCCAGGAGUGCGAUUGUUACUUGGAAUGAUCCCACUCUGACUGCUGGGCAACAACCCUUAUUCCAGAAAU